GAGGAGGCUUCCGCCACUGUCUUCUGUCAGUUAGUGUUUGUCAAAAGUGAAAUUUCAGUCUCAUGACCAAUUUUGAAAUGUUGUGUUUAGAAAAAAGCCCGUACAACUUGCGCAACAAAGGUCCGAAGCGGAAACACGCCCCUGACGAGGGCAGCAUCGAGAGGAAACGUCUGCGGAACUUUGACUACAUCGCAGCUUUGCCUGACGAGCUCCUUCUGUACAUUUUCUCCUACUUGGACGUCAAGGACCUGUACUACAACGUGCGUCUCGUGUGUCGCAAAUGGCGGCGGAUCGCCAUGUUGUCGUCGGCGUGGAAGAGCAUCAUGGCGGGCAAUGAGGUCCCCACGCACGUGCUGCACAACUGGAUCCAGUCCUCGCCCGUGAUCAAGCAUUUCAGGAUCAGCAACAGGAACGACGCCGACGUCAUCCUGGAGGCCGUCUCCAAACACUCCAACCACCUGGAGUCGAUCACCAUCGAGAACUGCUGGGGCUCCUCGCAGAAAAUCUCCAUCCAGAGCACGACUCUGUGCAAACUGUUGACGCGGUGCAAGAAACUCGGAAAGAUCAAUUUCGAGAGAGUGAAAAUACGCUCGUGUAAAUUUUUCAAAUUGCUGGCAAAACGCAGGAAUAACGGCAAAUUCUUGCAGUUGUGCUACGUCGGACCUGUCACGCCCAAACAGUACAACACGCUGAAGGAAUCUUGCUCGGGCUGGAUAUUUACCGAGUUCAUUGAAAUCGUUUGAAGUGUCCAAAUAAUUAAGAUGAAAAUGUUUGCAGUUUACUCUAGGUGUAAUUGACAUGAAUUAAAGCAAUCAAACAGUC